AUGUGGCGCUGCUUUCGGCGGGCCCCAAUUCUCUCAGCGCGAGGCGCCGCGGUGCGACCGCGCGGGGCGUGCGGAGCGCCGCAGUUGCAGCUGCCCGCCGGGACCGGCGGCGCCCGCUGGCCGCCCGCUGGCGGGGUGGGUGGGAUGCUGCACCGCACGGGCAUUUGGAUGGCGCCGCCGCGGCCAAAGUGGACCCUCGCCAGUCGCGUGGAGGACGUCCUGUUUGGGGGCGAAGGCGAAGUCCCUGAAGUCGAGCUGAGCGACGUCCCCCGCAGCGAAUUGGGCGGCAGAGGAGUAGUGGCGGCCGACGAGAAUGUCUCUCUUGAAAGUGUUCUUGCGCAGUCCGAGGCGGUUGCCACAGAUGAGGAUGACUUGGGCCUAACGCUGGCCUCGCCGUCCUACACGACCAUAAAUGAAGCAAUUGAAGAUGCACGCAGGCUUGCGGAGCGCGGGGUGGGCACCCUUCACGACUGGAGGGGCUUUGCACAGAAGGACGUCGCCUCUCCUACUGCAAGAACGAAACUCGACGCAGCCCUUGCCGCGGCGGUGGAGGCAGAAGGGGCCAGACAGGGAGAAAAGGCGGGGGCAGAGCGGGGGGCGGAAGUUGCCAGACGACGGCUGCCCGAGGACCUCUACGGCUCUGUGCUCAACGCGAGCUGGAGCCACGUCGUGGGGUUUCCCGAGGUGGACGAGUACGAGGAGGAGUUGGUGCGAAUGGAGGUGAAGGAGGGCCAACGGCCAACGAAGUCGUGGAAGUACAAGCCUCGAGGCUUGAGUUUUGAACUUGAUGACGCCGUAGAACAGUUCCGCCCACCACGCCCCAGGCUGAUGGUGCUCUCUUCCGAGAAGGGGUGGCCGUACUCGCUGCGGGAGGGCACAGAUCUUACCGACUGCUACGUCACCGCCGAGGCGGAGCGGGUGUGGAAACGCCUGGAUGUCUUUCUGCGCGUGUUGUUCCGCCGUUCCAUUAGAAGAGCGUCCAACGUGCGACGAGUUUUAUUGCUUGGGACGCCCGGGAUGGGGCAGUCGAUGACUGUUGGCUCCUACCUCCUCUACAGGCUGCUCCACUACGACGCCAGGAAAUUCCAGGUGGCUGUCUACUGCUUUGGGGGAGAGUUGGCGUACGUGUUUGACAAGACCACCCAGACGGUGACGGAGCACGAGGGUGCGGACAGUAUUAUCGCUGUUCUGGAUGACUUGGCCCGGCGCGGAAAGAAGGGGUAUAUUAUCUACGAUGUGUCGGAGGAAGGAGCACCGCCGUCGUCAAAACUGCCGCCUGAUGGGUGGGGCAUGAUUUUGCUGGCAUCCCUAAAAAGCGGUAACUUCAACACACUGGCGAUGCAACUGCACACCAGUCUCACCAUCAUGAACUGCCCUGACGAGAAAGAGGUGAAGGCGAUGUGUGCCUGGAGGACGCGUGGCCGCCCCGCGCAGGAGCAAAGGAAGUACUGGGAGACUGUCCAGGACCGCAUGUCUCAGGUGGGGCCGAUGCCGCGUUACAUCCUCACUGAGGCGGAUUUCAACGAGGGCACUGAGGUGGUUAACAGCGCGCUGCAGGCGAUUGACGCCUCGGUUGCCAGAGACUACUUUGAUCUUGAAGAAGGGAAC